AGGGGGAGGGGGGGGGAAUAACAGAUUGAAGAGAAAGCCACGAAUAACAGAUUGAAGAGACACCACCCAAAAAAAGUUUUCAAUCUUGAACACACUUCAUCUGUGAACACAUAGGCUACUGUGCAAGUCGGUGAGAGCAAAUAUGAAAUCACGCAAGUAUACCGUAAACAAAGUUACUAAAGGAACAACUGGAUCAACAGAGAGACUCUUGCAGGAUGAAGGAAAAGUUCGAAAGUGCAGAGGAAGCAGGUGUUUGGUGUUGAUGACAGUGUGUCUCGGGCUCAUUUGUGUUCUUCUGCUGGUCUUCAUCACACUGCAGCACAUCAUCAUCACAGCAGAGAGAGACCUGUUAAAGAACACAGUUGAAGAGUUCACUCACACUAUCAACAGAUUACAGGACAAGAACACUGAUCUGAUGACUGAAAAAGACCAACUGAAGAACAACUUCAACUCUUUGAGUCAGACGAAACUGGAGCUGGAGACCAGAGUCAAUGAUCUCAGUGCUGAGAAAAGUCAGUUACAGGGAAGAUUUGAUGCUUUGAAUCAGACGAAACUGGAGCUGGACACCAAAGUCAAUGAUCUCACUGCUGAGAAAAGUCAGUUACAGAAAAGUUUUGACUCUUGUCAGAAGAAACUGGAACUGGAGACUGAACUAGGGAAGAUAUCUACACAAGACCCCUGCUACAACUACACUGUGCUGGACAAUCCAUGGAGAUCCAUCAAUAAUACAAUUCACUACUCCUCCUCCUCCUCCUCCUUCAAGUAUGACUCUGACUCUGGCUCCUGGAGCGGCUGGUAUCGUCUCUUCAUUAACGGCAUGAGCGCUCAUAUCCCAGACACGUGUGUUCCGUGGUACAGUUGUGGCACUCUUCGCACACUGUGGAUCCGUGGUGGACACCCAACAGUAACAGAUGGAGUCGUCACUCGAGAGCUCUGUGGUCACAGUGGGAGUUUCUGCUGCUCUCACAGGUCUUAUCCCAUUAAAGUCAAAGCCUGUCCAGGAGAUUAUUAUGUCUAUGAGCUGAUCAGACCAACUGUGUCCAUUUCAGCAUACUGUGCAGACACUGGCAGCAUUAACACCAGCCCUACAACUGUCACACCAGUGACCAUCUCACCUGACCCCUGCUACAACUACACUGUGCUGGACAAUCCAUGGAGAUCCAUCAAUAAUACAAUUCACUACUCCUCCUCCUCCUCCUCCUUCAAGGAUGACUCUGACUCUGUCUCCUGGAGCGGCUGGUAUCGUCUCUUCAUUAACGGCAUGAGUGCUCAUAUCCCAGACACGUGUGUUGCGUGGUUCAGCUGUGGAACUAUAACUCCACUGUGGAUCCGUGGUGGACACCCAACAGUAACAGAUGGAGUCGUCACUCGAGAGCUCUGCGGUCACGAUUACAAAUACUGCUGCUCUUCCGGGUCUUAUCCCAUUAAAGUCAAAGCCUGUCCAGGAGAUUAUUAUGUCUAUGAACUGGUCAGACCAGCUGUGUCCAUUUCAGCAUACUGUGCAGACACUGGCAGCAUUAACACCAGCCCUACAACUGUCACACCAGUGACCAUCUCAACUGACCCCUGCUACAACUACACUGUGCUGGACAAUCCAUGGAGAUCCAUCAAUAAUAAAGUUAACUCCUCCUCCUCCUCCUCCCACAAGUAUGACUCUGUCUCCUGGAGCGGCUGGUAUCGUCUCUUCAUUAACAGCACUAGCGCUCAUAUCCCAGACACGUGUGUUGCGAGGUACAGCUGUGGCACUUAUAUCCCACUGUGGAUCCGUGGUGGACACCCAACAGUAACAGAUGGAGUCGUCACUCGAGAUGUCUGCGGUUACAGUUACAAUUACUGCUGCUCUUUCGGGUCUUAUCCCAUUAAAGUCAAGGCCUGUCCAGGAGAUUAUUAUGUCUAUGAACUGGUCAGACCAACUCACUAUCCUUCAGCAUACUGUGCAGACACUGGCAGCAUUAACACCAGCCCUACAACUGUCACACCAGUGACCAUCUCACCUGACCCCUGCUACAACUACACUGUGCUGGACAAUCCAUGGAGAUCCAUCAAUAAUAAAGUUAACUCCUCCUCCUCCUCCUCCCACAAGUAUGACUCUGUCUCCUGGAGCGGCUGGUAUCGUCUCUUCAUUAACAACACUAGCGCUCAUAUCUCAGACACGUGUGUUGCUGAGUUCAGCUGUGGCACUUAUAUCCCACUGUGGAUCCGUGGUGGACACCCAACAGUAACAGAUGGAGUCGUCACUCGAGAUGUCUGCGGUAACGGUGGGAGUUUCUGCUGCUUUUUCGGGUCUUUUCCCAUUAAAGUCAAAGCCUGUCCAGGAGAUUAUUAUGUCUAUGAGCUGGUCAGACCAACUCACUAUCCUUCAGCAUACUGUGCAGACACUGGCAGCAUUAACACCAGCUCUACAACUGUCACACCAGUGACCAUCUCACCUGGAAAGGACAGGUUUUUCAUAUCCAGUGAGUGGUUGAGCUGGUCUGGGAGCAGGCAGUUCUGCAGAGAUCGAGGAGCUGAUCUGGUCAUUAUCAACACUGAAGAGAAGCAGAGGUACAUAACUUCAUUAGCCAAGGAGAGUGUGUGGAUUGGUUUGACAGACAUUGAGACUGAGGGGAUCAUGAAAUGGGUGGAUAAUUCAACACUGAAACAAGGGUUUUGGUAUAAAAGAGAGCCAAAUAAUGCAGGUGGAGACGAGGACUGUGUUGAACUGACCCCUUCAGACUCCAUCCAGAACUGGAAUGAUCUCCCAUGCUUUAAGAAGAGGAAAGCAGUUUGUGAGAAAUAGGGUUCAUCCUGACUAGUAGUAAACUGUAUUUUUGUUUUUAUUUCAUAUUUCAUUGUUGUGUAUCUGUUUAUUGCACUAUGGCUAUAUUUGAUUUUCUCCUUCGGUGAUUCUGCUUGUUAUCAUCAAGUGUCUUCAAUAAUGCUCAAUCAUCACUCAGUUAAUCACUUAAUUAUCUCAUUAACUUUAACACUGCUUCAGUGUUAUUUUGACACUCUUGAAUAUAAACUCAUAUGAACACUAAUGUUCAUUUAACACUAUAGGGAUUUUGCUUUUCCAUGUGAAAUUUAAACUAUUUUCUAUGGAAAUGAUUGUGUAAUACCAGUCUAUCUCAAUAUAUAAUGUUAUAAUCAGACAUUACUGGAUGACAUUUUCAUCUUUUCAUUGAUUUGUGAUUUCGUUUAUUUUGCUGGAACUGUGUUUUUACAGAUAUCAUUGUUGUUUAACAUCCACAGUAAAGGCGUUCUGAUGUUGAUUGUAGUUUGUAGUUCUGUUGAUGGUGUCCUUCACUGGAUCUGAAACUCGUCCUGAACGCCACAGCGUCUCCACAAACCCAUCCACUCCACACAGAUUAAACCCUUCUGUAAAAAAAAAAAAUUACU